UAGUGCAUAUUUAUAUAGUGCAUAUAAAUCUAACCAUUCAAAACGAAUACAAUCUGUCUGAACAGCAUAAUAGAAUAUUGCACCAUAUCAAAGAAAAAUAAAUAACAUUUUGCAAAACUGCAGCAUCCAAGAAAUUGAAAUAAAUGUAAAAAAGAAGGAUGCUAUUACACAUGUGCAUUUAAAGCAGAACUUUUUUAAUGUAUAUAAACGAUGUACAUAUAAAUUUAACAAUUCAAAACGAAUACAAUCUGAACAACAUAAUAAUAUAAUAUUGCACCAUAUCAAAGAAAAAUAAAUAACAAUGUGCAAAACUGCAGCAUCCCACUUAAAACAUUAAACUGGUCCCUCUUUUCUCUCUCUUCUUUAUUACCAUGUUAUAACCAGCAGCACACAGCAAUGCUGAACAUAUUUUGUUUUUAUGAGAGAUUUGCAUUCAGAAAUAUAAGCUGCCUCACUUGAGGGGCUGAUGCAGUUUCUUCUCUCGGUAAUUAUUUGUCCCGUUUUCGAGAAGACCCUCUCAGAGGGAACGGAUGUGACCACUAUGCAGAGUCUCCCUGUCUUGACUUUAGUAAGCCGUGGGUAGACAGAGGCCUUGUUCUUCCACCAGCUCAGAGGAUUUGCAGAUCUUUGAGGGAGGGGCUCCUCCAAAUAGGAUCGGACCUCCAUUAUGGCAUCUGCUGAGGGAUUCCCUCGUGCUGCAUCCCCAGUUGCUCUCUCGUCAAACAGCAUCCAAACAGCAGAUGUUUGUGGCACUACUGCUGGUGCUUCUGUUCCAUCUGAUCCCUCUUCUUCCUGUUGCCCUGGUGCCUGAGCCAGGCUGUCCCUCCCUGCUGCUGAGGUUAUUCUUUGAAGAGCCUCAUCAAUCGCUCUGGCAUCACUGAAGGCUAACUUCUUAAACCUGGGGUCAAGUGCAGCAGUUUCUGAUAGCACGUGAUUAUAUUCCAUUCUGUGGAACUUUCUGUCCAUUGAUGAACAUUGGGUGUCCAUCAACUCUGUCGCAUGUCCUGUGGUUACAUUUGCUUCUCUCUGGCGGCUGGCUGUGAUUGGCUGCAGACCCUUACACAGGAGUAUAAUUUUUGACGCUGUCACAUAGCUGGAAAGAGAGAACAGUUACUUAUUAGUUCAGGGUUCAUGUUUUGUCAACUGAUACUACAUUCUCAUCUACUGCUCAUAUACAUAUAUAAUACUGGAUUAAAUAAUGAUGUAGUAAUAACUGCUUACUGUACCUCUCUCCACUGAUCUCCACAGUGACCCCUCCUCCACCACCUCCCAUUCCUCUUGGGUCAGAGCAUCAACAGGUGCAUUGACAAUGGCCAGGGUAGAGAUGAUGGCAUCCUUUGACUCAAGAAACCCCUUCAACAUAUAACAUUUUGAAUUCCACCUUGUAGUGCAGUCUUGUUUAGGCCUCAGCUCAGGCAUCCCCAUCUGGUGUUGUGUAGACUUUAGUUUGCUUCUAUGGAAGUAUUCCACAGCUGCUUUCACUUUGUCCACAGUGGGCUUCCUCACCUUCAGAGCAUCUCUUACAAUCAGGUUGAUUGUGUGGGAAAGACAUGGAUGAUGGGUCCAUUUUAAAAUGUUCAUGGCUUUGGUUAUGUGAGCGGCAUUGUCGCUAACACAACAUAACAUUUUUCCAUCUACUUGCCAGAGAAGGCCACUCUCAACAGUUCCUCUGCCAAGUUCUCUGCGGUGUGUCUGUCACUGAACUCAAAGCAGUCCAGAAGACAGCUAGACAUCGUAAAAUCUUCAAUGAAGUGACAUGUAAGAAGUGGUUACCCCUGAUGUCCAGCAGUCAGUGGUAAGGCAAACUGCAGUAGCUUUUUGGACUCUUUCCCGCACUGAAGCUUGUGUGCUCUCGUACAGUUGUGGAAUAAGUGAUUUUGAAAGGGUUUUCCUGCCUCUGUCCUCCAUCUAAAAUGGCUGGAAAUCAGUGGCAAUCAUUUUAGCCAAUGCAAUAUCAAUUUGGCCUUGUUUUGCUACAGACAUAGACAUUGGCAUAAACUGGUCCAUAGAAGACUGCGUUUCAGUGGGUCGCUGAGUAGGCCUACUUGACUGAGUGGGAUAUGAGAUUUUGUUUUGGCAAAUUCUACACUGUGCUCUAACAUUGUCUACAUUAUUAAAAUGCAUCCAAAUGCUACUAUGCUUCAGACUCAUUUUCCAGCUUUUGUUUUCACAGCUGUCCUUCCUCUCUCUCCUCGGCUGCUAAGUGUGUGACUGUGAGUGAGUUUGCUCGGCCCUUCCUCAUGCAUCUUUGGUUCAUUGGUUGACACUGCAUGUCUGAUUGACAGGAACAACAGGGAACUGAAAGUAGGCUACUAUGCUCGAGAGCCUCCUGGACAAUGGACUCUUUCUGGGAGCUAUUGUCCAACUCCUCUGCAUCUUGGCUGUCAUAAUACCCACCUCCAACUGGUAUGAACAGGAGCUAAUGUGUCUCUUGAGUGUCACUGGGACAGUGAGACUCAGUCUGUUUUAUCUUCAGGAGGAGACUGAGCCUAAGAAGACUAAGAAGGUGGAGGUGGAGACUGAGCCUAAGGAGACUAAGAAGUCCAAAGGACAUGUGCCUGAGAUUUGUCAGAAACUAAAGAAAGAGACCAAGAAGAAGGUGGUGUCGCUCUCAGAAUAAUUUUUGUUUCAUCAAAUGCAAUGGGUGUCUCUACCUUGAUUUAUGAAAGAAGAGAAGCACACUGUUUAUUAAACUACUCAGCUAUCAAUUGUAAUUCUCCAAGGCCCAAACAUUUGGGGACCUAUGUAAUAAUUUUUGUAUUAUUUCAUUUUGUGUGCAUUUUAUAACCAACAUUUCUGUAAAAAACAAACAAAUAAGAACUUCAUGAUUUUGUAUUUAUUUAACCUUUGUUUAACUAGACAAGUCAGUUAAGAACAAAUUCCUAUUUGCAACGACAGCCUAGGAACAGUGGGUAGAAUGACCUUUCACCUUGUCAGCUCGGGAAGUUGAUCUAGCAACCUUUCGGUUUCUGGCCCAACGCUCUAACCACUAGGCUUACCUGCCUCCCCAGGGAGAUUGCCGUUUUGGGUUUUUGAGAGCUAAUGUAUUUUUUAGAGCUAAUGUGUCUCUUGAGUGUCAAUGGGACAGUGAGAGUUUAUCUUCAGGAGGAGACAGAACCAAAUGACUUUCAAUUGAAGCCUGCUGACCUGAAUAAGAAGUCCAAAGGACCCCUGUCUGAGAUUCGUCAGAAAGGAAAGAAAGAGACCAAGAAGAAGCGAAAGGCGUCGCUCUCAAAUAGCGCUCUGUUAUAUCAAUAUGAAGUUUCAAAAAAGAAAUACAACUGUACUUUUUUCAUCUUUCAAUUUCUCAUUCCGCCUUAUACAGUGCCUUCAGAAAGUAUUCACACCCCUUGACUUUUCCCACAUGUUGUUGUGUUGCAGCCUGAAUUAAACAUUGAUUAAAUGGAGAUUUUAUUUUGUCACUGACUUAAACAACAUAGUCACUAAUGUCAAAAUGGAUUAACAUUUUUUUUAAAUUGUUACUAAUUAAUCAAAUAAUUAAAUGCUGAAAUGUCUUGAGUCAGUAAAUAUUCAACCCCUUUGUUAUGGCAAGCCUAAAUAAGUUCAGGAUUAAACAUUUGCUUAACAAGUU